AUAAAUUGGCCAAACAUUCACACAGGCGCAAGUACGAGCGUGCCCACCCUCUCACACCUUUGAUAGAGUGACGCGGCAAUAUAUGCUGCACUAACGCACACGCAUACUGUUUUACUGUAUUUUAUACAGUACUGCGUAAAUUUUUCGGUUUAAUUUAUUCAUGAUGGUCAGAUCUAUUCAUGUCCACGUUGGCGUUGUUGGCAUCAUAACAUGUGUGUUCCCUAUAUACAAUAAUGGCCUCAACGAACAGAAAACCUAAUCUUAAGCAUGCCAGGAGUGAAGACUAAAAAUAGGCAGUCAGGUGAGCAUAUACGAUAGACAUUGCCUCAGGACGUAUGGUCAUAUUAUUUUCUCAGAAUGAUAGCGUUCAGUUUCUAGCUACAGUGCACGAAAUAUUCCAUCGCUUCACAUGCUAUUACGACCAUCAUCUAUAGCCGCACGGCAAAAUUAAGCUGGUGUAGGUGUGGAUGCUAUUUUAAUUCAAUAUAAACGCAAUUUUAUAAUAUUUCGUGCACUCCUCACAUAAACACGCGAGGAAUCCAACAGAACUCAUUACCAUAUUAUGUUUGAAUGUUUGUAAAGUGUUGAGUCAUGCUCACUGGGGAAACGCAUCUAUGCUCGCAAAUUAAAUCAAACAUCUAGCAAGCACUAUUGUUUCGAGUAGAAAAUUUCUACAGUAAAUCUCCUCGUGAAAUUUCGACAGACCGCCAUGUUGUUGAACCACCACGGUUCUGCGGCUCAAUGCAAAUAACAGCGAGAAAUCUCGCCCGCCCGGACGCAUGCAUGUUAACAAUGUUCGGGGCGUUUCGUCUCUGCCGAUACAUCACAGGGGAGGCGGUCAUCAGGGGGACUGCUGGUGCCGACCCACGAUGGCCGCCACCCCGUACGACAGCAGCGCGGCGCACCACAACUUUUCUUCGGCCUAUGCUGGCAAUCAUGGCGCGAGCAAGGUAAGCACCGGAUGCCAAGGAUAACAGUGGUCUUUCAGAGAGAGCUGGCUGUCGUCAAUAGGUAGGUAGGCAGCCCAGCCGGUUCCGCACGGCUGGGCCGAGGGCGUAGACCCCGCGCGCAAGCCAGAUACGGUGGCUCGGGGCGCUACGGAGACUCAGUACAGCAGUAAGGCAGGUAGCUCUAGCAGCGGCAGCGCAGUAAAGGUAUGCACACAUCCGGGACACGCUGUUGUUACGAAUUCGACGGCUACCGGUGAUACGCACACACACACGCGCGCGCACACACUCCACACGACUACUGCUUUGCGACGACGUUCUGCGUUCUGUGCCGCCGCCGCCGACAACGACGACUGUUGGGGACGACGCCGACGUCGGCUGUCGCGACGGUGUCGUAGCGUCGCCGCUUUCCAGUUCUUGCCUGUAUAGUAAUAGCGACAUCAAGACCAAGAAGGAGGAAGACGAGAGAAGGCGAGAGGUUAGGGAUAUAGACGACGUAGGAGGGAUAGCGGAAGCAGCUUCCGCAGGAUGGAGGGAAACGUCCAGGUUAUACAUGUCAUUGAGACGCCUACGGGAACACAGGUACAGUCACUGGAGACGAUGCAGCCGCAUCGCGACGUGUCGCACACCGUAACGCAGGGACACGUGCAGACGAUCGAGAUGGGACAGAUCGUGCAUCCAGACAUGGCUCAUCUCGUCAAGGAGGGCAUCACGCAGACGCAGGCCGAGAUGCUGCAGCAGCUGCACCUGGCGCAGCAGGAGUUAGAGCAACAGGAGGAUGGCCACGCGCAGGACGGCAGCGACGGGAACGAGGGCGCGGGCGCGGGCAAGAACAACAGCAAGAGUAAGAGCAAAACUGGACAUGGAGGUAUGAAUCAACUUGGCGGGGUGUUCGUGAACGGGCGCCCCCUGCCGGAUACCGUGCGCACUCGCAUCGUUGACCUGGCACAGAACGGCGUGCGGCCUUGCGACAUAUCGCGACAACUACGUGUGUCACACGGCUGCGUGAGCAAAAUACUCGGCAGAUACUACGAGACUGGAUCAGUGCGACCUGGCGUGAUAGGCGGCAGCAAGCCAAAAGUGGCGACACCAAAGGUUGUUGACUGCAUCUCGGCGUACAAGCGAGACAACCCCACGAUGUUCGCCUGGGAGAUUCGCGAUCGUCUGCUGGCCGACAGUGUGUGCGAUAAAGAGGGCGUGCCGAGCGUUAGCUCGAUCAACAGAAUAGUAAGAAAUCAAGCAGCAUUGAAAGCAAAGCUCCAGGGUCACUCGCUGGAAGGGGAUAGUAGCCCACACCGCGAGAUCAAUAGUCAAGUUGGUGGCAACGCUGCUGGACAUCAACAGCAACAACAGCAGCAGCAACAGCAGCAGCAGCAACAGCAGCCAGCUCUCAUUUCGCCUCUCGUCCAAAGACAAGAGAUUGGAAAUGCGACGACGGUGAUAACUCUGGCACCGCCAGCGCAUAUGCAGCAGGUUCAGCAGCAGCAGCAGCAGCAGCAGCAACAACAACAACAACAACAUCAUCACCAGCAGCAACAACAACAGCAACAACAGCAGCAGCAACAGCAGCAAGAUAAUCCUCCCCAGGUCAGCCGGACGUCCGCCGGGUCUUUCUCCGUCAACGGAAUCCUGGGUCUGGCAGAUACCCAGGCCUCUAGCAGUAAACUGAAGCGCAGUAGUGGAGAUUCGAGCGCCAGUGGGGACAGCAACAAUAACGAUUCCGGGGAGACGAAGCGCAUCAAAACAGGUUACCAAACAAUCAGCAUAGCCGACUAUCAGCAAGAAGGACAUGCGGUGUCAGGACAGCAAGGCGAGACGCUAUGGUUUACUGCCAGUGGUGAACUGCUAAAGAAAGCAACCGGAGAAAUAGUGCAACCGCCUCCAGGAGCGAUGUUCAACAUGCAAGGCCUCUCGUAUACGACAGAUGGCGCAAGCGUCGCUACCACCGGCGCAGCAGAAACCAAGAAUAUCAUCUACAUCAAUCCAAUCACGGCAACGAGUAGGACGUCUCAGCAGCCGACCAUCACCUACUCGCUGCCCAGCAUCGGCACCGUUGCUAACGGAUCGGGCAUGGGACCAGUAACCAUCGUUACGCUACCUGCCGGCAGCAGUAAAUUGGCCCCAAACACGGGAAGCAUCUUGGACGCUGCGGUGCAGAUGGCACAGAUUGAAGACGAAGGUUCGGCCGGUGACAACGACAGCGCCAUCAAUGGCAGCAACAGCAGCAACGCUGACGACGACACCACCAACGUCAAGACCGAAGUGGAGGCGACGGAAACGCCCGACAAUCUCACAGUCUUGCAGCCGUUACAGUCCGUGGCGCUGGGUGGUCUUCCAGCCUAUGGACAGUACCCAGCCGACUACGCCGGAUAUACUGGAGGCGCUGGCCCCGUGACUUACACACAAUAUUCCUCUGUGCCGUACACCGACUCCUGGCGAUAUAGCGGCACUGGUGGGGUUAUCCAAACCUCGUAUUACUACGCCCCUGGUGCUGACGCCAUUCAGACGACUGCACAGCUGACUUCUACCACAACAACAACGACGAGCGACAGCUUCAAGUCAGAACAGUGCUGAUCGUCACGUGAUUGCGAAUCACGAAGAGGACACCUAGCAAUCGUGUGAAUCGACAUGCUAAUUAACAGUUCAGGUGUGGUCGGACAUUGCGAACGCAUCACAUUGCGAUUUGAAAUUUUUGGAGAAGCUAGAUUGCGCCAGGACGCAGGAGAAGGGGUACGCCGCGAUGACGUAUUGUGACACGUGACUCGGUGACGUGAUCGGACGUCAUGUGACAUGCCCAUCCACCUACAGCUCAAUACAGCAUAUGCUCGCUAUCCAUAAGACGAUAGCAGAAGAUGCACUAAUACGUAAUCGACUCGCUUCAAUGAGAUGUAAUCACAUCGUGCGUAACGGCAUUGACGCAAAGUAACAUUUAAAUCAAUGCUAAGCAAUUGUGCGCAAGCAAUUCGGACGGAUUAUAUCACGCUUGUAUGCCUAUAGGUCUAAGUAAUAGCAAUUAAUUUGUAUUUUAAUAGAAAUCAGGUAUAAUGUAAUUAAGGAUUAAACAAUAACAGUUUAUUCGUUUAGUAGAUUAUAGACGCCGAUAAGGUUCAUGUAAAAUUAUCACGGCGUUAUGAUAGUUCAUUUCAUAGCUGUACAUUGUAGAUGGUAUGGUACAAGACAUAUCACCAAAGAAACGCACCACCCUGGUCUUUAAAGUCCAGGUAUGUACCUGCAAAAUACUCAUUAUCCAUCAUUAUUAAUCAUGAUAUUAUCCAGAUGUUUAUAUUUUACUUUACGCUAAUUUCUAUAACUCUCGAUGUGUACUUGUGAUAUAACUUUCUAAACACCAAUAGUAGAUGAUAGAAGAUGGUGGCUAGUUUCUGCACGUGUAGAAAGGAAAACAUUAUUCGAACUUUUGUCUGACGUUGAAUACCCAGCUUUGUGAUAUUUUAUACUGAACGGCUACGGAAGAAUUAGUGUCUUUAAAAGUACAGAAUUCUUCAAAGGUGACAACUCGCGGAAUAGAAAGUAAAACAUGUGAAAUAUUUUUGUUACAUUCCUUACUAUGCUAUUGUUAUUAUAACUACCUUGCUGAUGGAGAUUGGAAACAGAAAUGAUGUACCAGAGUGUACUUUCUAAAUAGUUUUUUUAACGUGAGUAAUUCGUUAGAGCGUAAGCUCUAAUGAGAUUUAUUCAGAUUGGCUGUAAAUAAUUAUUUCGUGCUAAUAUUUUUGUACAAAGUUUUGUUGAUGAAGACAUGACAAGUUAUUUUAUAUUAUGGGCACACAAAUGUGACACGAAAUUUAAUCACCAGUUUCAAGGUGACAAUGUUCUAUACAAGCGUGUAAUUUUAAGAACUGGAGGUCGAAGGUAUAUACCAUUAUAGAAUAUUUUUACUACGCAUUACUCACAUUGGGCCAAGGUUUAAGGGUCAGCACUAUAUGAAUCUGUAUAUCGUAUAUGUUAUUGCACCAAACGUGAUUAUUCCUAUAUGCGUGUCAUGAUAUGUCAUAUUUUAAAUAUUAGCUGUGAGUAUGUGCUUUUAUUUAACCGAAGUAGUCGCGGUAUUCAAUUAGCCAUAGCAAGAUUCAAAUCUAAAACUAAUAAUUUUGUAUAGAAAAGCAAUAUGAAGAACAUGUACGACGUAGAGGAAUCGAUCUGUUGUCUUGUAAGGGCAAUUUCUGUAGUUGGUGCAAUAUUUUGUUUCUGGCUCUAGAAAAAUAGUCAAUUCGCGAACAUAGACUUUCAAUUGACACAUUUUCUAAAUUUAACGCUAUAUGUCGCCACACAGGCGUUCUUCCAAAUUGAGGUCGCUGUGGAAAUCUUGUGCACAUAUCCUGUGUAUUGACAAUGACUACAGAUAACGUAUCGAUUGCACACUAACGUCAGAAAGAUGCUAACAGCCAGGUUAUGAUUGAUUUUUUUUAUUGUAGUAUGUGCACGGGAUACAUGCAAUGGCAUAGUUAGGACUGUGCCACGUAUUUGGUAAAAAUAAGCUCUAAGAUUACUUGUAUCUCGGGAAAUUCUUUGUUGCGUAGGGUUGACCUCGACAGCAGCUGUUUGAUGUGCGAGCAGCAAAACUGUGAGAAUUGAGCAGGCGUGAUCACACUUAUUUUACGUUUUGAGUCCGAUUUUCAUACAAAAUUAUUACCAGUGUAACAGUCAAAACAUCAAGUAAAUCCGACGACGAGACCAACAAUCCCAGACCACGCAUCUUGUAUCGUCUCGGAUGAGUUAAUUACGUUUCUAUUAUUGUUUUGCUUGACCCGUCCUUGCGCGUCUAGAAAUGAAAACGAGGCCGCCAAUUUUCGGCGAAAAAGUUGAUUUGUAAUAUCGUAUGUGGCUAUAUAAAAUAACGUAACACACGGUAGCUUGAAAGAUUUCAUGCAAAUCCAAUCUGUAUAAAAGAUCGACAAAUCAAUGCGUCUCCUAACGAUGUUGUUGGUUUGGAAUUAACAUAAAACACUGCUUCAUGGUAACUUUGUCUGCACUCAUAUAGCACACUUCCACACUAUCAUCUUGUAAAUUCACUUGAUAAACUACAUUGUUUUAUAUGCUUUUAAUAAAAGCACAUCACAUAUAAUUUU